AGGAGCCGGGCGGGAGCCGGAGCCGGAGCCGGAGACGCCGUCGCGGCCGGAGCGGAGUGCGCGGCGGGUCGGGAGGCGAGCGGCGGCCGAGCGACACCCUUCCUGAGGCCCCUUGGACUCUUCUGUGACUUGAGCUGAGAUCAGUUGGGAGCCUCCAGUUCUGUCAUCAGAUGGCCACAGUGGCUACCAUUGAAUAACGCACCGCAUGGACGUUACCUUGCUUCAUCUUCACAGCUCCUGUGGUCAUUACUGAGGCUGUGUUCACGGCACAGAUUUGUCUCCGGAUUUUGAGCAUCUGAAGCUGACCUCUGAGCUGAAGCGGCCCCUGCUGCUCCCUCACCCUCGGCGCCAUGUCUGUCAUUUAUGAUGAUUCCGUUGGAGUUGAAGUGUCCAGUGAUAGCUUCUGGGAGGUCGGGAACUACAAGCGGACCGUGAAGCGGAUCGACGAUGGCCACCGCCUGUGCAGCGACCUCAUGAACUGCCUGCACGAGCGGGCGCGCAUCGAGAAGGCAUAUGCCCAGCAGCUCACCGAGUGGGCCCGGCGCUGGAGGCAGCUUGUGGAGAAGGGGCCCCAGUACGGGACGGUGGAGAAAGCCUGGAUAGCCUUCAUGUCGGAGGCGGAGAGGGUGAGCGAGCUGCAUCUGGAGGUGAAGGCCUCGCUCAUGAACGAGGACUUCGAGAAGAUCAAGAACUGGCAGAAGGAGGCCUUCCACAAGCAGAUGAUGGGAGGCUUCAAGGAGACCAAGGAAGCAGAGGACGGCUUUCGGAAGGCGCAGAAGCCCUGGGCCAAGAAGCUGAAAGAGGUAGAAGCAGCAAAGAAAGCCUACCACGCAGCGUGCAAAGAAGAGAAGUUGGCGAUAUCGCGAGAAAGCAAUAGCAAAGUGGACCCAUCCCUCAACCCUGAACAGCUUAAGAAAUUGCAAGACAAAGUAGAAAAAUGCAAGCAAGAUGUCCUUAAGACCAAGGAGAAGUAUGAGAAGUCCUUGAAGGAACUGGACCAGGGCACCCCCCAGUACAUGGAGAACAUGGAGCAGGUGUUUGAGCAGUGCCAGCAGUUCGAGGACAAACGCCUGCGCUUCUUCCGGGAAGUGCUGCUUGAGGUUCAGAAGCACCUAGACCUGUCCAAUGUGGCCAACUACAAAACCAUUUACCGCGACCUGGAGCAGAACAUCCGAGCUGCGGACGCGGUGGAGGACCUGAGGUGGUUCAGAGCCAACCACGGGCCGGGCAUGUCCAUGAACUGGCCGCAGUUUGAGGAUGAAGAGUGGUCCGCAGACAUGAAUCGAACUCUCAGCCGGAGAGAGAAGAAGAAGGCCACUGACGGUGUCACCCUGACUGGCAUCAACCAGACGGGCGACCAGACUCUGCAGAGCAAGCCCAGCAGCGACCUUAGUGUCCCGAGCAACCCCGCACGGUCAGCGCAGUCCCUGGCCAGCUACAACCCCUUCGAGGAUGAGGAUGACACGGGCAGCACCGUCAGUGAGAAGGAGGACGUUAAGGCCAAAAACGUGAGCAGCUAUGAGAAGACGCAGGGCUACCCCGCUGACUGGUCAGACGACGAGUCCAACAACCCCUUCUCCUCCACGGACGCCAAUGGGGACUCGAAUCCGUUUGACGAGGAUGCCACCUCAGGGACGGAAGUGCGGGUCCGGGCCCUUUACGACUACGAGGGGCAGGAGCACGACGAGCUGAGCUUCAAGGCCGGGGAUGAGCUGACCAAGAUAGAGGAUGAGGAUGAGCAGGGCUGGUGCAAGGGACGCUUGGACGACGGACAGGUUGGCCUGUACCCAGCAAACUACGUCGAGGCGAUCCAGUGACAGCCCGGUGGGCUGGCUGGCGGAGGGGUGGAGGCUGUGGUCCCAGGAAGUCCGUUAGCCAUCGGCGUGGGCAGCAACCCUGUGCUCCAGCUGGCCGUGUGGGCAUCUGCUCCUUUCCCUGCAAAAGAUGAUGGUUCCGUUGCUCUUGGCUUCAUGGUGUCUCUGGAAGACAGACGAGCCGGUCAUUUCACCUGGGACUUGGCAGCCUCUCCACAGCGCAGAUGGGAGGCCCAGGCACAGGCCGACAGCACAACAGGCAUCGCCGGCCCUCCCCGCCCCCGCUCAGUGUGUGUCUCGGCUAUCAUGGGUCUGUAUACCCUUGACCUUGUCUUUCUCCUCCGCCUCAAUGGUGGGUUCCACAGAUUCCUUUCGCUGACGCGUCUCCUCCCCCGCAACUUAAAUGAACAAAUUUACAUGCCAUUUUCUGAGGUUUUUAAUUUAAAGGCUGUGUACAGUUACCUGUUUAUAUACUUAAAUUAUGGCACAGAUUGACGUACGCCAGGCUUGAGGAAAUGAUAGGUCUGUGUCUGUGCUGUACCGUUAACCGACUGUGCCACUGCCCCGCUCAUUUACACAGAGCUCGCAGCGGAAGACGGGGACACGCUCUGGUUGGGCUCCCACUGUGAUCGCUCUGUGCACGUGGGUUUUGGGUGUAACCAUACGUAGUACUCCCCAGUCACCAUAUUUAAAGAAGUUCCUCUCUGUUCAUGCUGAAAACUUAACUCUCGCAGAAAAGCAAAACAAUAAACGAGGAAAAGAGGAAAAACAAGUUUAGCUCUUGCAAAUUAACAAUUCUCUCUGUUAUUUGGAAGGUUAAAAGUGGAAGAUGAACUUUUCAGAUGGUUACUGUUAGACAUAAAGUCACGCCUCGGUGUAUAUCUGUAUAUAUUAUUUGAUAUCCAGAGAAUCUAAAGAGCUUGUCUACUGUUUUAAUGAGAUUUAAAGGCUCUUGACAGUGGGUUUAAUUUGUAAACUGCACAGGCCUGGCUGGUUGGCUGGGCCUCCCUGAAGUGGAGACUGCCGGAGGGGCGUCCGUGCUCACUGCCAGCUGUCGUCCCCUCCAUAGCAGGACACUGCAAACCCCCAGGUCUUUCCAGCAGAUUCCAGUCAUCUGUGUUCCUCGUGAGCAAGCAAGCGGGGUGUCACCCCAUAGCACAAUGGUCUCCUCUGAGCGUCCUUAGUCAUCAGGGAGCAGACGCAUUGCGGCAGGAAGCUACACUGUACUCGCGGGGCAGGAGAACUGUUAUUCUGGUGACUCAGACGCUGGUGACACGGCCACCGCCGUCACCAGCUGUGCAUUUACUCGAUGUCUCCAGUGAGCUCGGUGUCUUGCUCGGGAAGUCAGUGCGUGUCUGUGUUUAUCUUGAAGACUUACCAGCAGAUAUCCUCAUUCCUUUGCUACAGAUUACCAAAAAUUGUCAAGUCUUUUCAGUUCAGGAGUUUCUUUAAAUGUAUAGUAUUUUAGAAAAUAAAACCAAUAAACAGUUGAUCUCGCGAGUA